CUUUUGUGGCCAUUUCUCUAUCAUGGUAUGUUGCUUUAGUGAUAUGCUAAGUCGAGCUUUUAGUUAGCCUGGUUGAGGUACUCGGUCAUUGGAAAUGCUAUGAAUUUAAGCCGAUUUAAAAAUGUUUACAGUUGUAUCAUCUUUUGAUUUUGACAGCCAUGCCGACCUUUACUGCAAUAGCGUUUGAUACAUUGAUAGAGCCUAAAGCUUCUAAAUCAGUCGAUAAAUCUGCCCCGUCUUCCAUGCCUGUUCCCAACACUAAACUGGAGAGGAGAAGCAGUGUGCCACCGGCCACAAAAAAGAAGGCUCCUCGCCCUCCAUUAAAACCAGCACUCUAUGCCACUCCUGAGGUGACACCAGUUCCAGAUUCACCCUCAUCAUUCCCUCCUUCUCCCUACAUUGUCAAUCACAAACGUCGAGGGCCACGCCUUGUCAAGAGUUUUUCUGAGGCCAGCGUAUUAAAGCAGAAGAUUCCAGAUGACGAAAAGGAUGAUGGUUUACAGAAGACCUCAGACACUGUGGUUGUUAGCUCAGCUGGUGACCUGCAAGUCACUUUCUCACAUCCUGAGCCUGUUAAGGAGGAGCGAACUAAUGGUUUUCAUGACAGUGCACCUAGAAGCAUCAACACUGAUGACCUUUGCACUGGAUGCAGGGAAGCUGGAAGUAGCAGCAGUACAAAUGGGUCACUCAAGGAGAGUAAUAUACCGAAGGUGUUGGCGAAUAAUUCUGAAAGAGAUGUAGAGGGUGAAGACUUCUUUGAUCCGCAAGAUUCAAUGAGUUACACUAGUAAUACAGAUGGAGAAGAUAAUACUGGGCCUGAACACUCUCUAAAGACCCCUACUCCUCAAGGGGAGUUUUUUGAUGCUUGGGAAGAACUAUCUGAAGGCGGGCCUCAGGCUUCUCCAUCUCCAUAUAAUGCUGAAGCUGAAUUGCGUGAAAUGAGGUUGAGUCUGUUGAUGGAGAUAGAAAAGCGGAAGCAAUUUGAAGAAUCCCUUAACAGCAUUAGAAGUCAAUGGGAGAGUGUUAGACAAAGGUUGUCUCAUGUAGGCAUAGUCCUUCCUGCUGGGAUUAUAUCUGCGGCUGAGGGACAACAGCUGAAUUCUGAUCCUGUCGGAGAUCUGUGUGAACAAGUUAAUGUUGCUAGGUUUGUAUCAGACGCCAUUGGGAGGGGCAUUGCCAGGGCUGAGGUGGAGAUGGAGAUGGAAGCUCAAAUAGCUUCUAAGAACUUUGAAAUAGCUCGUUUGUUGGAACGUCUCCAUUUUUAUGAGAUGGUGAAUCAAGAAAUGUCACAGAGGAACCAAGAAGCAGUAGAGAUGGCAAGGCGUGAGAGGCAAAGGAGAAGUCGGAGGCAGAGAUGGAUUUGGGGCUCUAUUACUACUGCUAUUGUGCUUGGUGCUGCCACCAUAGCGUGGUCUUAUAUCCCCAUGGGAAAAUCGUCAUCUUCUACGCACCAUGAUCAGGUUUCUGAGCAUGGGGAUGCAGCCAAGUAACAUACAUCCAUCAGCACUAACUGUAGCGCCGUUUGAUGUUAGGAGAGGAAUAAAGAGUAUACAUGCCACUAUGUGGUUGACUUUCGUCAGUUGCAAUUUUCCGCAUCCGGAGCCUUUGCAUCUAGUAUGUAAGUAGGGCCUCGCACAGAAUAUCUAGGUGAUAGUGUACUGAAGUGGCUCAGUUGAUGUUGAGAUAUUCUGUAAGUUGUGCAUUUCUGCCAGCGAGCUUAGAUGUGCUUGCGUAAAUGUUUGGUUUUUUUGUUACAUUGCUAAGGCAUGUUGAUGAUGGGUCAUUUAAGCUCGUGCUCUCGUGAGCAUUUUUAUACAGCAAAAGAGGAUUUAAUCAAUGAAAUAGGAAGGGGGAUAUAGUCCUUGUGCCUCGAUGAGUGGUGGGAUGAUGCCUACGAUUCUUGUGUGUUUCUGUGCUGUCGUGGUCAGCCUCAGUAACGACCAUGAUCCUUUCGUUCAAUUUAGGGUUGCAACAGUGUUGUGCCAUGGCUAUGCCCUGAUUAAGGGAAGCUAUAUCUA